AUGAGACAUAAAUCAAAUGAACUAGCCAAUCUUCUAAUUCCUGAUUAAUAACCAUUUGCAUUUAAACCUCGUUUCUCCAAACAUAAGAACUUUUAUGCCAAAUAACCAAUCUUAUAAUUGCAUUACAUUACUCCUACCCAAAAGCAAGCCAAACUCAUACUCGAUAAGAUUUGUCUCAUUGAUAAGAAGGCCAUUGUUAAUGACAGACCUGAGUCAUCCUUUCAAAAACGAAAGCAUUUCUCAGUAGAUUUGUGUUUUAGUUCAAGACCAUCAUUUUUAUAGAAAAAAUAAAUUAGAAUCAAAUCAAUUCAAAAACCUAAUUUUUAAUCCAAUGUGUAACCUAACUUAGAGAAUCCCAUAUCAACUAAUUUGUAGGCCAAUUUAUCAACUCACCAUUAAAUAUCCGAAAAAGAUUGGUUAGCAUUUGUUUUAGAAUGA